AUAUUCUAUUGUACAGGUAUACCAUCCUGUCUUUCCAAGACCUGGAAAGGAAUUCAGCCAGCUUGUUUUACACAUGGGUAAACUGAGCUUCAGAGAGAAGUCAGUGCCCACACUGGGGAAGUCAGACUUGAAGGAUCUCAAAGCACUGUGGCUCCCACAGGCUGUGAAGGAGGGAGGUGGCAGAGCCUGGAAAGAAUACAGCUCUUUUUUUUUUUCAGCAAUCCUGGCUCCAUGGGCUACCAGCUCUGGGCCCUUGGGCUGGUCACUUCACUACUCAGGCCUCAGUUUCCUCUUAGGGGAGUGGUGAGGAUCAGAGUUGCAUCCUUCAUUCAGGAGUCCCCUGAGCAAUGGGCUGGGCACACGACAUAGAAGGACAGCUGACAGCACCCCCCUGGGCAGAUGGUAACUGAGAUCACAGAAAUACACAUUGACAUUGUGCACAGUCUCCAGGAAGAAGGCUAAGGGGCUGGGAGGGUGACACUGGGAGCUUGGAGUGGACAUGACCACAGAAGGCUUCCCUGAGGAAGUGGCCUCCAAGCUGGAUAGAACAGAAAUAAGAAAGAAGCAUGUUCCAGGAUCAAAGAACAGCAGAUGCAAAGGCCUGGAAGGAAAUGGCGGCAGCAAGGUUAGGCCUGGGCCGAGUCCACCCAGGAUCAGCCAUCCUAUUUCUGUGCGACAUGCAGGAGAAGUUCCGCCACAAAAUUGCCUACUUCCCGCAGAUCGUCUCAGUAGCCUCACGCAUGCUCAAGGUGGCCAGGCUGCUGGAGAUGCCCGCUGUACUGACGGAGCAGUACCCACAAGGCCUGGGUCCUACGGUGCCCGAGCUUGGGGCUGGGGACCUACAGCCACUCACCAAGACCUGCUUCAGCAUGGUGCCCGUAUUGCAGCAGGAGCUGGACAGUAGACCCCAGCUGCGCUCUGUGCUGCUGUGUGGCAUUGAGGCACAGGCCUGCAUCUUGAACACAACCCUGGACCUUCUGGACCGGGGGCUAGAAGUCCACGUGGUGGUGGAUGCCUGCUCCUCACGCAGCCAGGUAGACCGGCUGGUGGCACUGGCCCGCAUGCGGCAGAGCGGGGCUUUCCUCUCCACCAGCGAAGGGCUCAUUUUGCAGCUUGUGAGUGAUGCUGCCCACCCCCAGUUCAAGGAGAUCCAGAAGGUCAUCAAGGACCCUGCCCCAGACAGCGGGCUGCUAGGCCUCUUCCAAGGCUAGAACUCCCUCUUCCAUUGAACUCCUGACCCUGCCUUCAGGGAAAACCACCCUCAUGUUGCCCUGACCUCUGGAAGCGCUUUCCCCCCAUCCCUGGAUCCCAAGAGUGGUGCGGUCCACCGGGAGUACCACCCCCUCAGGAGAGGAGGCGAGGUGCUGCCUUCCCAUUGGGCGAUUGUUCCCAGAAAUGCAAAUGAGACUCCUGGAAGCUGGUGGGAGUUGGCUUAGCUGAGGUGGAGGUGGAGCUCAGCCCCGGGCCACUUCACUGGGCGGGAAGGGGAGGGGGAAGGAGUGUCACUGACUGUGGGACGACUCUUAGAAUAAACAUUGAUGUGGCUGUGGACCGAA